GUCACUAAUACUAAAUGUCCCGUUCUGCUCUUUCCACUUUUUUUUCCUGGUCCCUUCAGAAGAGGGUGAUGAGGGUCGGGUGGGAGGGCUCUCACGGUGACUCUGAAAAACUCAAGUCACUCCAGCAUCUGAGCCGAGCUGAGUUGAGUGUAUGUGAUCCCACAGUUCACCUUUCUACAUCAGACCGCAAGACCUUUCCUCUCGGACAGCUGCAGUGAGAUCGCUGUCACUAAAGAUGGAGGGUGAGAAGAGAACAUUAGAGGCAGGUACCAAAGAGCAACCUGAUAUGACGGGUCCCCUGACAGCCGAACAGCUGGCAGCUAUAGAGGAUGAAGAGAUCCUCAAUAAUAUGCUAGAUAAGGCUGUGGAUUUUGAGGAGAGGAAAAUGAUCCGCGCUGCCAUGAGAGAACUGCUGAAGAGAAAGAGGGAGCGGCGUGAUAGAGAGCGGGCGGCCCGAAUGGAGAACCUGCGUCAGCAGGGUGGUGGAGGAAAGACAGCUGCUGGACUGAAUAAGGACCAGAAACCCGCUAAUGGCCCGAGCGGCGCUCAGUACAAUGCACACAGGACGGCUCAGGCAAAAUUAUUUUCUCCACCAACCUCUACUUCCUCUCCAAAAACUGUGGGCAGCCCGGCUCAGUCCCAUGUGGCCAGGGUUAAAGUGCCGGGCAGCUCGGCGGUCGGGGGCCCAAAUGCCAAAGAUGUCAAACAGAUGCUGCUGGACUGGUGCCGGGUCAAGACUGAACCAUAUGAGGGUGUGAACAUCCAUAAUUUCUCCUCUAGCUGGGCAGAUGGUCUGGCGUUUUGUGCCCUGGUGCACAGGUUCUUCCCAGAGAGCUUUGAAUACUGCACUCUCGACCCCUAUGAUCGCAGGGCCAACUUUGAGAAGGCAUUCAAGACUGCAGAGACACUAGCUGACUGUCCUCGCCUGCUGGAUGUUGAUGACUUGAUGCGGAUGCGAGAGCCAGACUGGAAGUGUGUGUACACAUAUAUCCAGGAGUUUUACCGCUGCCUAGUAGAGAAAGGCCUCGUCAAGACUAAAAAGAAGAUGCCAUAGAAACUUUCACAUUUUGAGCAUUUCACUGUAAAUGACCAAAGAACUACAAAAGGCACACAACACAGCGCACAUGUGACCUGAAGCUUCUACCAAAGAUCAGUCUAUUAUGUACUCAUGCUCUUCUCUGUUUCAUACACGCAUGCAGCGGAUGAGGAUUAUAACCUGUGUGUUUUGUGCUCGGCU